UGUUAUCGCUCAAGAAACGGAUUUUUACUGUGCAACAUUCAAAAGAGAAUUCAACAAACGGCUCAAAAGGGUCAUUUUUUCCUUAUGAGUUCUCAAUUGUUUGAAAAGCGUAUUGUAGUUCUUAGCAAUCGCUACAAUGCUAUCGGAAGUUCUAUCCAGACGCUACAGGAGGCGAUGAUUUCUCUCAUCUCGCCUGCGUGGUUGGAUGAGUCAAAAAAGGUGCUAAACACACCUAAUACCUCGGAAAACAUACAGGAGACUCAAUGUGGUGAAACGCACGUUGAUCCCUCCACGAUUGCUGCUCUACAACCCUGUAAGGAAGACCUUCCCAUAGUGGCGGAGCUCCGCCGUUGGUGCCUUGACAAUAAACUAUGCUCAGCUAUUUUUAAAUGGGUUCCUUCGGACUAUUACAGUCAUACAUUAACAUGGCGACGCGACAUACUGAACGCUCCAUCUAUUGCUUUUUUGUGUAAGACCAUUGUCUUGACUAAUACGCACUGUGUACAUUCAGACUUUUCGGUCCGAGAGAAUUCUCGGUACUACCUACUUGUGGUCCAAUACGUGGAACGCUUUGAUGCGGAUCUCGUCAUGCGAUUUAUCAGAAAAUUCAACCCUACCAUUGGGAAGAAGAAAUUCAACUUCAGGCUUGCAAGUUCUGAAGAAUCGUUGGAGCUGACAGGUUUUCCUUCUGGUGCUGUGGUUCCCUACGGCACACGGCAAAAAAUACCUAUCAUACUGAGCUCUAGCAUUACAAAGCUAGAACCGAGAUUUUUUUGGACCGGUGGCGGUCACCUUCACUGCAAGGCUCGCAUUGAUCUUGACAAUUUUUUGGAAGUGAUGAACCCCAUGAUUGCACCCAUCACGGUGCCGUUGACAUCCGAUGAGUUGGAAAAUAUAAUAGAUUGA